AUGACAGACGAAGCCGAAUCAGCCCGCAACAUUUUGGCGUCCAUGUUGUGUUUGGGCCAUUUACUGGAAGUGAAACCGCGAGAAGAUAUUCGAACGUGGCAUCGAUCUCACUUGUCCAUUGGCGAAUCCUUUGCCCUCUUGUGGCAACAAGAAGCUCAAGGAGGCACGGUGGAACCUCGUUCCGCUUCAACCAGUGCGCGCUUUUUGGCGGCCCAUCUUGCCGACCUAUUACUGGCAGGACGCCUGAAAUUGCUGUGGGAUUCCCCGGAAGGACAGAAGAAACAACUGUCCUUCUUGGUCGUGUCCACCGAACCCGUCAGUGUCCCCGCCACCACGGCGUUGUUGCAAGAACUCUACGUGCGACAAGAAAAUCGUCGCGUCAACAAAAAGAAGCGCUAUACCAAAUCCAUACAACGUUUUCUCGAACAACUUGCUACAGGCACUGAAUUGGCCACCAAACUGGAAAAGGAGACCUUUGCCGGAUUGGUGGAACGCAAGAUUCUGGCCAAGGAAAAACAAAAGAAAUGGAAUCUCUUGACCAAAGAAAUUCCGCCCAAUGCUCAUUUGGAACUCGUUCUCAAAUUGAUUGGACGCACCACACAAGUUUUUACACUCGUAGAAGAACACGACAAUCCCAAACUGGCGCAGUUACGAGAAAAGUUUGUCCAAGAUCCCAUGGCCACAUUGAUGGGGGUGGAACCCAUUGGAAGUGCCAUGGUCUUGAUGGACACUACCCACAAGAAGGACUUGAAACUGUGGCGGCUGGGCAACGACGAAAUAUACGUCGAAAAUUCACCCUUUUUGGCCGAUGAAGAGCAAUCCUUGAGGUUUUGGAAAGCAGAGGUCGAUGAAGGAGUCAUGUCAUAG